CAAGUUUCCCCACCCCACACCUUAUACCCCAACCACCCCCAACCCAUUUGCCUCACAAUGGUUUGGUCCGUUGCCUACACGCUCACAUCCACGCAGUCAUUUGGAAGUUUGUCGUGUGGGGGUAUUUCUACAAGUGUGUGACUGGUGGCUGAAGUCCAGGAAAACAAAGAAGCCAUCAGAGGAAGAAAAUAACCGUUUUAAAGUCCAUCAGCUCUGUCACAAUGUUUUUGGACUGAUAUCACUCAGCAGGGCAGGCAGGAUCCAGUGGGCAGUAAUAAUAAAGUGUGCUGUUAUUACUGCUGGAAGUGACAGCGAGCCCAAACACGGCCAUGGCGGACACCGAGGAACGGGGAAAGCCUGUGGAGAGGAAAGGGAGGCUAACUGUAGUCCUGGUGCUGGCAACACUCAUAGCUGCCUUUGGUUCGUCCUUCCAGUACGGCUAUAAUGUCUCUGUGGUCAACUCUCCAUCGCAGUUCAUGCAGCAGUUUUAUAAUACAACCUACAUGGAGCGUUACCACAGCCCGAUGGAGGAGAACGUCCUGACUCUGCUGUGGUCUCUCUCCGUGUCCAUGUUCCCUCUCGGAGGCUUCUUCGGCUCUCUGAUGGUGGCCCCUCGCUGGACCCUCAUGCUGGGCCUUACUGGUAUUCCCGCCGCGAUUCAGCUCCUGCUGCUCCCCUUCUUCCCUGAGAGCCCCAGGUACAUGCUCAUCCAGAAUGGAGACGAGAAGAAAGCAACGAAAGCACUGCAGCGCCUGCGUGGGUGGGACGACGUGGACAGCGAGCUGUUGGAGAUGCGUCAGGAGGACCAGUCCGAGAAGGCCGAAGGUCACCUGAGUGUGUUCUCCCUGCUGUCCCAGCGCUCUCUUCGCUGGCAGCUGAUCUCCAUAGUCGUCAUGAACAUGGGCCAGCAGCUGUCGGGUGUCAAUGCGAUCUACUACUAUGCCGACAGCAUAUACGGCUCUGCAGGAGUCAGGGAGAGUGACAUCCAGUAUGUCACAGUGGGAACGGGAGCAGUAAAUGUCUUUAUGACCAUAACUGCUGUGUUCAUCGUGGAAGCCUCAGGUCGCCGCCUGCUCCUCCUCUGUGGUUUUGGGAUCUGCUGCGGAGCCUGUGUGCUGCUCACUGUCGCACUCAACUUGCAGGAGACUGUGACAUGGAUGCCCUAUGUCAGCAUCGCCUCUGUCAUCAUCUACGUCAUCGGACAUGCCAUAGGACCGAGUCCCAUUCCUUAUGUGGUGGCCACUGAGAUGUUCCGGCAAACAGCCAGGCCUGCGGCGUUCAUGGUGGCCGGCUCCGUCCACUGGCUCUCCAACUUCAUUGUUGGCCUCGUCUUCCCCUUCCUCGAGCGAGGCCUGGGCCCCUACAGCUUCAUCAUUUUUGCCGUCAUCUGUCUGGUCACCCUGAUCUACAUCUGGCUGGUGGUGCCCGAAACAAAGAAGAAGACCUUCCUGGAGGUCUUCCAGAUGUUUGCAAAGAGGAACAAAGUGGAGUUAAAUCUGGGUGACGGCGAUCUGCCGCUGAAAGAGCUCAAAGAGAGCCCACAGGAUGCACAGAAGGCCACGCCCUUCUGAAGAAAGAAGGAGAACAUUGAUAGAAGAGGAAGUAUUCGCUGCGGGUGUGGAGCGAGGGAGUGUGUGUGUGGUAGAAGACUUGACAGUGUUUUAAUUUUAGAUGCCUCUGUGUGCCUUUUCUUUGUAUUUGUGCCUGCAGAUGUUGGUAGAUUUCCAUGCAGGCUAAGGUUUGCUGUGAGUCGGUGUAUGCACUAGAU